ACUCUAAAGGAAGUGACUGCCUCACUUGCGAAAACAAAACCGAAGCAACCAGUCACGGACCCGUCCUUGUCCUUUGCUCUGACCGGUAACUAGAAACCUCCUGGGGGAGAGGGAGAAUCCGAGGGGAUGAUCGCAGCCAGGUUUGUGAAGGAAGAGGCGCUCGGACAACUCCGAGUCGAACUGCUUCUUGCAGGCAACACGGCGUGGGCGGUCCGCAGAGCUGCGUCGCCAGAGGAACAAAGAGCUCGACGACGGCCUCCCCUUGACGUCCCCAGCCCAGGAGGUUAUAAAGAAGUGGCGGGGAGGGGAGCGCUCGCUGUGGGAGCCCGCCCGGAGCCACCCGCGUGCCGGCCACUAGAGAGUGUCCGGGGCUGGCGGCGGCGGCGAGGCGCUAGGAGCGGAGCGGGCGGGCCGCACAGCUGGCUCCGCACCGAAGAGGCUUUUUGAAGAGCUCAGCCCCGGCGCUGGGGCGACGGCUGGCUCAGGAUGAAUGAGCUGAAGCUCGCUGUGCUGGGCAGCAGAGGAGCCGGCAAGUCUGCCCUCACAGUGAGAUUCCUAACCAGGCGUUUCAUUGGAGAAUAUGCUUCUAACUCUGAGUGCAUCUACACUAAACAUUUGUGCCUGGAUGGGAGGCAAAUGCACAUGGAAAUUUAUGACCCUUGUUCACAGCCACGACAGGGGAAGCUGUCCCUCACUGAUGAACUCCACUGGGCUGAUGGAUUUGUCAUUGUGUAUGACAUCAGCAACAGAGCUUCCUUUGCCUUUGCAAAGGCAUUGCUAUACAGGAUACGAGAUUCCCACCUGGCAGCUUGCAAAAGAGUGGUAGAGUCAGCUGUAUUCUUAGUUGGUAACAAGCAGGAUCUAUGCCAUAUGAGAGAGGUAGGCUGGGAUGAAGGACAAAAGCUGGCGAUGGAUAACAAAUGCCAGUUCUGUGAACUGUCUGCAGCCGAACAUUGUCAGGAAGUGGUGACCAUGUUCACGAAAGUCCUGAGAACUAUCACCACAAACGUCAAAGUGAAGGAAAAGAGACGACCCAGUGGGUCAAAGUCAAUGGCCAAACUAAUCAACAACAUGUUUGGGAAGAGGAGGAAGUCUGUGUAGUGGACGUCCAGGCUCAUGGAAACCACUGAAUGAUGAUACACUGAAACGUUGCAGCAGUAGGCCAUAUGCAAUGCUUGGACUCAGCCAAUGAGUACAUGUGUUUAAAAGGUCUCCAUCUGAAGGGAUAUGUCAGUACAAACCAAAGAUGACUGGCAGUAUGGGCCAGUAGACAGAGUACUGCACUGGGAUUCAGAAGACCUGGGUUCUAUUUACAGCACUACCAUGAACCUUGGCAAGUCUCUUCAUCUAUCUGAGCCUCUGUUUCCCCUCUCAACCUGUGUCUUGUCUAUUUAGAUUAUAAGCUUAGAAGGACUGUCUUUUACUACUUUGUGUGUAGAGUGCCUACAAACAAUGGGGCCUUAAUCUUGGUUGUAGCUUCUAGGUGUUACUGUAAUAUUUUUUUUUUCCAAUGAACUCAGCCUCUCUGUGCCUCGCUGAACAAUAGCCCAACUUCACAAUUCCAAGAUUUAUCUGUAACAGCAAUUGCACUAAUUGAAACCAGGAUUGGAAUUGACACUAAUUGAAACUUUGUGAUAUUGCACUUGUAAGUAAAUGAGUGAAGGAUACUUAAUGCCUGACUUUCAGGGCUUCCUUUCCCUGAAAAGGUGCCAUGAGUAGGGGAUCAGAUAAAUGAGGUCAUCAUCUGUCUGCCAUUUCAGUAUUACUGCUGGAGCAUGAUGGGAGGAAGCAUGGUCCAGUGGAUAGGAAACUGGAAUGGGAGUUAUGAGCCUUGGGCUCACUUUGGCUCUGCUGCUGACUUGCUGUGUGACCUAAGACAAGGUCUUAUUGGGAGAAAUUUACUCCUAAAAUUUACAUCAGUUUUAUCUUCCCUGGCCACAUGGGUAUUUGAAUCCAUGAUUUCAAGCUUCAGAGGUGGAAGCUAAUUCCUUACACCAUCUUCCAUUCCUAUGCAGAUGGCCAGUGCAGCCAGUGUAGCACUGAAAUCCAACUUAAGAACUCAGGCCCUGAUUAUCAAAAGUAUUUAGGCACCUAACUCCCAUGGAUCUCUGCCCUUAAUUUGGCCCUCUGUACAGGGGUGACUUCACCCUCCAUGCCUCAGUUUUCUUCUCAGCAAUAUGGGUAUAAUAAUUGCCUAUCUACUCUAUUUUAUUUAGGAGUAGGAUUUGAAAAGUCCCUCAGUAAGGAGCACGUCUGACUGGGAUUCAAAGUCAGACUUUCAAUGGACUUGUGGUCCUAACUGCCAUACUCAUUUUAAAACAUAUUUAUUACCAUGGUAAUUAAAUACCUUUUGUAAAGCACUUUGAUUUGUAUAGAUAGUGCUAUAGAAGUGCCUUAUUAUUUUUUACACCCACAGGUGCUGAACAUUAGGCACUGGAGUCUAAAUAUUUAAGCAACAGAAAAUCAGGCUCCUUACUGCAUACUUAGGUACUUAGGCACCCAUGUCAAUGUUUCUGACUGUACAAAAAUUAUAAAGGGAAAGGUAAGUGGUCUGAAGGUGACUGACUUUCUCCCAUACUGGUUCCAACAGACCCUAAAGAUAUUCUACAAGCAUCCCCGCACAAGUAGACAGACGUGUUAGCGGGGCUUGAAGUUGUGCACUGAAAAUAGCAGGGUGGAUGUUGUGGCUUGGGCUGCAGCCGGGGUUCUCAAGUCCAUCCAACCCCCUAUGGUCAAGUUAAGGGUCUUGAGUCUCUGCUGGAGCUGCAAAUUCCAUGCUGCUAUUUGAGCUACAUGAGCAAGAAUCUGUCUACUCAGGCUGUGAGGUUUGCUCCCAGCUGCUGUGUGGUCAUACCCAAAGGUGCAGUUUCCAAAAAAACCCUCAGCAUUGUGGCCUAACUGGUCCCAUUGAAGUCAAUGAGCAGAGUUAGGUCAAUGCUGAGUGCUUUUGAUAAUUCCAUGCAAAUAAGUAGAAAGCUGUAUCACUUUAAUGAAGUUUAUUCGUAUGUGCUAAAAACAUACUGUGACUAAAGAUCAUCACUUGUUGAAAAGGUCAUCUUAUUUCACAUCGUUAUAGCUUUUAAAAUUGCGAAUCAUGGAAUUUCUCAGAAUCUUGGCAGGCUUUUCACUAUCUUACAUCCAAGCAGACCUUACCUACCGUAUCAAGAGUGAUUUAUAUAAGGGCAUAUUUUGGAAUCAGAGAGAGUGAAUUUUAAAGCACUGAUGUAUACUAAUCUAUUAAAUAACGCAAACAGCACUCCUCCAAACUCUUUAGUGGGCAGCUUUUUUGUAGUCUGUCAACCUAUGUAAAGCUUGCUAACUAGAUUUGAAAACUAACUGUAUUUACUGUUAUGACAUUAAACCAACUUGAAUGUUA